AUGCGGCUUGGAGUCGCCUCGCUGGUGGUCGCGAUUACUCUGGUAUGGAGCUUCACAGCCACCGACGGAAAUUCGGAGGCGAGCAAUAUCAAUCUGCAACUCGUCGAUGAAAGUAGCCGCUUCCUUCGCUCCAUGCGUUACCAAGAUGCCAAUGGUGCGAGGACAACUGGAAACAAAGACACGCAUCAACGCGUCGCCAACGAUACGAGCAACCAGAGUACCGAAGAAAGAGGUGGGCUACAGAAUUUAGGAUCUUCAGUUAAGAAUACUGCAGCUCUCGAAAAAGUGACAUCGUCUGUCAAGAACACUGCUGUUCUAGAUAAAGUUGAAUCAUCGGUCAAGAAGACUAGCGCUGUAGCCAAGACGAAAUCAGUUUUCCCGACUCUUGGUCUCAUGACAAAAUUCAAGAACAAUCCAGCAUUCAAUAAGUUGACAGGAUUUCUCGGAAAGAAACCGACUGUGGCUCAGGCGAAGGCGUUUGUCGAGAAGAAUCCCGACGUCGCUAAGCUCAAAACGGUCGAAACCUCAGCCAAGGUGACCGAAAAAGACGCCAAGCGGAUGAAGCCGCUCUUUUCCAAAGCUGUUGGAAACAAUUCGCUUCUCUGGGAGUUCCUGAUGUUCGUCUUAACCCCGGCGGUGUUUCUUGCUGCGACCAUCUUCAUCGCGGUGAAAGGUAUCAACAGUCUCAAGAAAUAA